AAAGGUCACAAAACUCCACUCUCCCGUGUCUCUCUAUCUCAACAAUACUACGUCAUAUUCUUUUCUUAUUAUUCUCAAACACCAAUUCCUCAACGCACUUUCACAUUACAAUAAUCAUCAUCAUCAUACAACAUCCAUCCACUUGUUGUGUUCUUUCUUCCCAAUAAUCAUUCAUUUUCUUCAUCUUCAUCACCACUCAAAGUUCUUUCUCUCUAAGAUUCUAACCACAAAUGGAGGAUCUUCCACAAGGUUACCGUCCUAACGUUGGUGUCUGUCUCAUCAACUCUGAUGAUCAGAUAUUUGUGGCUUCUAGAUUGAAUGUUCCAGGAGCAUGGCAAAUGCCUCAGGGUGGCAUUGAAGACGGUGAAGAACCCAAAUCUGCUGCGAUUAGAGAACUUCGAGAAGAAACUGGAAUAGUAUCAGCCGAGAUAAUCGCUGAGGUUGGGAAAUGGUUGACAUAUGACUUCCCUCCUGCUGUGAAGGCUAAGGUCAAUCGUCUCUGGGGAGGCGAAUGGCACGGACAGGCACAGAAAUGGUUUCUCAUGAGAUUAACAAAAGAUGAAGGCGAAAUCAACUUAGCCACCGGUGAAGCAGACCCAGAAUUUGCAGAGUGGAAAUGGGCAAACCCUGAAGAAGUUAUUGAGCAGGCUGUGGACUACAAAAGACCAACUUAUGAAGAAGUUGUAAGAACCUUCAAGCCUCACUUUCAAGGAAAUGCAAAAUCAGGGAAAUGUAAAUCGACAAAGUGGUGAAUUUUAUGAGUGAGCAUUGUAGUAGUUUGAUCCAUUUUCUUAUCUAAUUUUACUUGGAUUUGGAUUUGCCGCAAUACCAAAAUUUCACGCAGUUAACACAUCGAUGGCCCGUCUGAUCUCGAUCCAACCGUCAUUGAUGUGCUGACUACAUGAAUGAAUUUAUAACCGCUGCAAAUUCAAAUUCAUUUCACUUAUGAGGUUGGAUAUAACACUCAGCUAUUUGUAAAUGGAUAGUAGUUAGAACUUGCCUUCUUGUAACAAUAAGAUGUGUGCAAAUGCCAUUUUUAUUUUCUAAACAUGGAUGUGAUGUGAGGAUAAUUGUGAAUGUGCAUAGAUUUGUUUAGUAAA